AUGGCCUCCCCACUCACAACCGCAAUCCUCCUCUUCACUCUCCUCAACACCGCAACCGCAUCUCCCCUCACGAAGCGCGACGCCGGCUACGCGAUCCCCGAGGGCGCCAUCAUCAUCCUCAUCCUGUUGAGUGCGGGUCUACUCGUCUGCAUGGGCUACGCCAUACACAAGACCUUUGGAUUCAGAAGAAACCCUAAUGAGUUCAGACACAUGAGCGCAGAACAACAAGAGUACAUGGCCGAGGACUGA